GUUCGUAAUGUAACCGCACGGAAAAAUGGCCUUGAUACCUCCCUUUUUCGUCUUCUUUCCAACGCGCACCCGCACUCCGUCGCAGACCUUACGCAUCAGUACCGCAUGAAUGCUGAUAUCAUGCUCCUUUCAAACACUCUCAUCUACAGCGGACGACUCAAGUGUGGCUCGGAAGAGGUAGCACGCCAGACACUAAAAUUACCAGAUAAUAGCUUUUUGAAGAGCUUAAAUAGAGGAACGGGGUGUAUAUGUCCUAUAGGGAAUUGUUGGAUUGGAAAGGUCUUGGAAGAGAGUUGCAACAUUACCUUCAUCGACACAGACCUCAUUCCUGCUCGUGAUGAAGUUGUUGGUUCGUUGAUCCAGAAUCCUGUAGAAGCUUACCUCGUAGCGCAGCUAGUGGAGGCGCUUCUGCUGAGCGGCGUCCCUGUGGGGGAAGUCGGAGUGAUUUCUCUGUAUCGACAGCAGCUCAAGCUCUUGGUAUCGAUGCUGGAAGGCAGGGGUGGUAAGGGCGUGGAGGUGAUUACUGUGGAUCGUAGUCAAGGGAGGGAUAAGGAUUGCGUUAUUGUGUCGAUGGUGAGAUCAAAUGAAAACGGGCAGAUAGGUGAACUGAUAAAAGAUUGGCGACGCCUCAAUGUCGCCUUCACGCGUGCUCGCAAGAAACUCGUCGUUAUCGGCUCGAGGCGGACGCUUGGUGAUGUGCCAGUCAUGAAAGAGUUCUUCGAGUUGAUGGGCAACAAAUCGUGGAUACUUUCAUUACCGAGGAGUGUGGAAGAGUGGCAUCCAGCCUUGGGUGAUAAAACAAGGGCAGUUUUAGGGCAUCUGGAUUCUGGGUGUAAGAGGGACGGCUGCGGUUCGGGUAAGCGGCAGGUGGUCUCGGUGGAGAAAGAAAAUGGGCAAGACGGGAGCGACGGAAGCUUGGAUGAGUAUGGCAGUAUAGAGAGACCGAUCAAGAGGGCCAAGUUGCCCAGGUUGGACGAAGGACUGAUGAGAGGGAGACCAUUAUUGAGGGAUGUUGUUAAUGGGGAGAGUGCUGCAUGACACAGAAAUACGAUUCGCCUGGACGUAGUAUGCGGCGGGAACUUGAUGAAUGUACUGGGGCCCAUUCUAGUGUAUUGUACUAUAUCGUUAUCUUAUUAGGGGCGUACCAUCAUUGUAUUGUAGAACAACAUCAAAAAAUUAAUACGUUAGUAGAGCUUUGAAGUGAAAUUAAUAGCUGUAGAAAAGCCUCUACUCGUGC